AUGGCUUACGCCCUGUCCAACUCCUUUGUGGGCGAGUCCCUGCUGUCCAACUUCAAGUGGUUCGACGGCAAGGACCCCUCCAAUGGCUUCGUCUCGUACCAGAGCAGGGCCAACGCCGAGGCGCUCGGUCUAUUCUCCGUUGAUGAGACGACGGGCGUGGUGAGGUUGGGGGUUGACUCUUCUCGCACAUAUGGCCUGGACCAGGGGCGGCCGAGUAUCCGCCUCGAGAGCAAGGAGUCGUUCAACGACGGGCUGUUCAUCGCCGACUUUCUGCACAUGCCCCCGUCACAAUGCGGCCUCUGGCCAGCCUUCUGGACGUACGGCACCGACUGGCCUGCGGGCGGCGAGGUGGACAUCAUCGAGGGCGUCAACACGGCGCACAAGAACAUCAUCUCGGCGCACACGGCCGACGGAUGCUCGCAGAGCCCAUCCAUCGAGGGCAUGUACUCGGGAUCGCAGCGCAACGCGGACUGCGCCGUGGGCACCCAGAACAUUGGCUGCGGCUUCACCCCCUCGGGCAACAGCUCGUCGUCGUACGGCGACGGGUUCAACGCGGCCGGCGGCGGCGUGUACGCCAUGGAGUGGGACAACCAGCACAUCAAGGUGUGGCACUUUACCCGCGACGAGAUCCCCGAGGACGUUGGCCGGAAGCGCCCGAGCCCGAGCAGCUGGAGGCUGCCCGACGCCGUGUUUGGCGGCUCGAGCUGCCAGGUGGACAAGUUCUUCAAGCAGAUGAGCCUCGUCAUCAACAUUAACUUUUGCGGCGACUACGGCAACGCCGUCUGGGGCAAGUCGGACCAGUGCGACAACUUUGCGCCCACGUGCCCCGAGUUUGUCGCCAACAACCCGGGGGCCUUUGCCAACGCCUACUGGGACGUGCGCUACAUCGACACGUACCAGAAGUCGAGCUUCGAGCUCCCCGAGCCGACUACCACCAUCACCCCCGUCGUCGCCUCGCCGACCGCACCGGGUGGCAUCUCCAUCCCCGGCUUGCCCUCGUCCAUCGCCGGCGGCGGCGGCGGCCUCCUCCCUCCCGGCCACAUCAACCGCGCCAAGGUCGGCAACUAUGCGUACCUGGGCUGCUUCGGCUCGCGCGCGGGCUUCCCGACGUUCGUCAAGGCCGACGAGAGCCCCGCCAUGACGCUGACACGGUGCACCAACGCCUGCGCCGGCAAGACGCUCGCGGGCGUGUACCAGAACGCGUGCUACUGCGCCGAGGCGCUCGACGCGGACACGCGCGCCGUGAGCCCGACCGAGGAGGGCGGCGGCGUGUGCGACCACACGUGCCCCGGUGACCAGGCCGAGUUCUGCGGCGGCAACGUCCGCGGCGCGCCGGCAGGCAAGAAUGUCAACGGGUCCGAGCCCGCGGCCGGCGUCUUGCGGCGCGGCAGCAGCUCGCGGCCCCGUCGCCUGCUGCCUCGCGAUAUCCCCAACAGCCUCCUGCUGACCGUCUACGGCGCCGUCGACAGCAACGCGCCGCCCCCAAUGGCGCCCCCAAUGGCGCCCGCCUCGCCAACCGUCACGUACACCGACGUGGUCACCGCGACGGCGAUGCGCACCGUGUACCCCCUGCGGGCGAUGCACACCAAGGUCGUCCACGCCGGCUGCGGAUGCGACGACGACGACGACGCGCCCCCCACGCCGACCAAGACGGUGACGCCCGUGGUCAACAGCUUUGUCGCUCGCCCGUCAGCUAGCAGGAACGCCACCCGCAACGGCACGUCGCCCACGAGCGACGACCCGCCCGUCGUCACGGCCGGCGCAUCGACCACGUCACGCGGCUUCACGACGGCCUUCGCGGCGGCGACGAUGGCGCUGGCGCUGGCGCUGCUUUUGUAA